AUUGACAAGUUGACAGCGCUAUUUGUUUUUAGGUGAAAAUUAAUUGCAGAACAAUUUCCUUAAAACAGAAAUUAAUGGCAAACAGGCGAUUGUUCAUAUACGCUGCAUUAUUGGCGAUAUGUUAUUUACUUGGCGUGACAUGGGCUGAUGCUGAGACAGGAAUAAACAGUACGAAAGUCAGCAAUGUUACUCAAAUCAGUGCAUCGCCAGCUCCAGCAGCCAAGCCUGCAGCAGCUGCAGUUACACCCGCACCCACAAUUACAGCACCAAAAGUGACGAGUAGCAAAAAUACAAGCAGCACGCCAGAAUGUGCCUGCGCUGGAGCAUUGCUGCCGCAAGUGGGGACCAAUGGCAAAGAGCUUCCCAUAUGUGCUGAGUGUAAAUGCUCCCAUGUAGCACGUAAUACGACGCUUAUUAAGGUCGUUGUCAUAAUUGUGAUUUGGAUAAUAUCCAUUUUAGUGAUAUAUAUGCUGUUCCUUAUGCUGUUGGAUCCGCUGUUGAACAAACGCGUCAAGGCGAGCAACUACCAGGAGCACACAAAUGAAGAUGACGAGCCAACACCAAUGCCGGCGAGCACCAACAAUCAAGAGCUGAACGCUCGUGCCAAUGUGCUUAAUCGUGGAAUGGAUAAAUGGAAACGACAGGUGCGCGAACAGCGACGUCACAUCUAUGACCGGCACACGAUGCUAAACUGAAGUCGGAAGCAGUCUUUGGCGACUUAAGACAUACAUAUAUAUUUCCAAACCAAUGUCAAAUGUAAUUAUUUUAGUUAUUAGCUUGUCUCAUGUAUUGGAUCAAAUUUACGUUAGCCACAAUUUAUAAAUUAAAUC